AUGGAUGCUGUCAAGGAAUUUGCACUGUGUCAGUUUGAGUACGUUGAUGCGUGUGCCCGUGCUUGCGGUCUCUUUCAACUGUUGAGUAUUUAUGAAGAAUGCUGCAUGCAAGUACUGCACCAUGACAUACAAGUUUUGUGUGAACAAGUCUUAUUGCCUUCACUGAAUACCAUUGUCCGGGACCGUGACCAGCUGGCAGCUGAACUAAUUGGCCGAUUACGUUACACUCGAGCAGAAAAUAGUCAUUUUUUGAAUGCAAUGGUUGAACAGGCGAUGUCGUGGGUUGACAUGUACAACGCGCAGCCACUGCUCGUACCGCUGACCUGCUGGAUACCACCGCCAAAAAUGAAACAG